AUCGAGCAAAGAUGGACGACAAUACGUGAAGAGGCGCCGGCGAGCUCCUUUAAUACGAAUGUUUUUUCCCCCAACAUUCCCGUUGUUUUAUUCUUCCACAUCCUGGUUACUACUUGGUAGCUCGUUAACGCCCCCCCGAAACAACGACGGCUUAGGUUUUUAUUGCGAGAUUCUGCCGGUAUGCCGAAACGGAAACUAGAAGAGGAUCAUCAUGAACCCGACGAACUGUCAGUGCCUCUGCCGAUACAAACGUUUCUCUGGCGACAGACAAGCCCAUUCAUACGUCCGAAAAUUGGCAAAGCCCAUGAUGCAUCAGCAAUGGAGCAAAGAGAAGCAUGCAAGUCCUUUGAGAAAGUAUUGGUUCAAAAUAUUCAGUUCGGCUUAUCACCCAGUUUGACUGUUGCUAUCAAAAGCAUCAAAAGAUGGCGCUUGGUACGGGCAGCUCUGCCUCAUGUGAUGCAUUGCUGCGCUGCCCUGCUGUACGCAAGAAAGGAAAGCUGCUUGGAGAAGCUGGGAGCAGCAGAGACCAAGCUGCUAUACACUCUUCACUGGAUCCUGCUGGAUGCUGCCGAAGAAUGUACCGAUGCUGAGCACAGUCAGACUGGCCAGCUGCCUGAUAAGAGCCAGUACAUCUUCCCAAUAACCGUUAUCCAGGUCUUUGUAUACCUGUUUGCCCCACUAAUUCCGUUCCUGAAGCAGUCAGACUUUGUGGGGAGUUUUCGUUUGGAAAAUGGGGUUCGCAUCUGGGAGCCCCUGUGGGAGCACCGACACCCUGCGGUUCCCUGCUUCACUGCCCCUGUGCAGCCACAUGGUCAUGCCAUGCGGGCUGCACGAAGGGGCGACUUCGACCUUCGACGACACCAAUAUGGUGAUGUCUUCAUAGGGGGAGGCCCUCCGAAACUUCGCAAGCAAGAUUCUGUAAGAACUGGCACAGAUGAGAUCGAUGGUAGUGACCAUGGCUCUCCCGACGUCACAAUUACGAGCAGGGCAUCAUCAGCUUCUGCACUCAAAGAAGCUACCGACUCCGAAGUGAAUGUGCCUGUGGCAAAAGAAAGUGAACCAAAAGUGACAAUCUUGGAAGGGUGUCGUCCAAGCCCUUCUAAAUCUCAGGGGGAGCUGGCUGCAAGACCGGCUCCGAAGGCAGACGAUGGGGUUAAAAAAGAAGCCCUGACAGAUAUCUGUAUGGCCACCUACCUUGAUGUGUCUGUUAUGAGAUGCCUCUUCAUCUCCCAGUGGCUGGAAGAAGGCGUGCAUUGGGCCCUGCAGUUUCUUCUGAAACAGGUGUGGUGCUUAGCAGAGGAACAGGCACGCGAGGUGCACCCGCGCAAGCGGAGCAGUUCGCUGCCUGUGCCACGACCAGAGCCACCGCCACCGCCCUCUCCAAAGCAGCGGGAGCAGCCAGCACCACCAUCCACGCCUCGUCCCCUGGGAAGCAUUGCGGCUUCGGGCAGAGACUCGUGCCCGAGCCCGUUCCUGCGUGGCCUGCCCCUUAUGCAUGGCCAGGUGGGAGCCGGCGGUGGUGGACCGCCAAGCCACCACACGAGCAUGCAGGAACUGCGGCAACAGCAGCAGCCACAGCCGCAACCGUUCCCUCAUCGCUGCAUGGCAUCCCCGGACUUGCGCCGGAACAAGCGCCUCAAUCGAGGUGACCUGCGAGCUUUUGUUGAAGAGGGGCUCCGUCUGUCGGAACGCAUCCUUGACCGCCUGGGCCGUGAUGACGACAAUGGCAGCAGCAACACAGGGAACCACCACCACCCUCACCAUCCGACCAUUGAGGUGGCAGUGGCGGGCGCUGGAGCUGGUGGAAGCAGCAGCACCACGACCACCACUACGACCACCAACAAUAACAACACUGCCGUCACUUGCACUGUCGAGGAGCCCACGAGCUGGUCCGAGCCCCCUAAGCCAACUGUCAGCCAUACCGCGACACGUUCAGUUACGGUACCACGGCUGCUUCCUCCGCGCCCCAGCUCAGCGCUGGGCCUCCUGAGGGACCCCGAUGAUGAAGAAAGAGCGUGCUCCCUUGGAUUCUCGGCAGCGGCAUUCUUCUCAAAGACAGAGAUGGUACGUGGCAAGAGCCUGCCCAGCAUCCACAUUGAGGAGCCACCUGGCUUGAGGGAGCCAGUCGCCAUGGCGACCAUUUCAGUACCAGCCAGGGAGCCCCCUGGUGCACCGCAUAAACUUCCAGCAGUGUACACACAAAGUGUGCCCAAUCCGAUCAUCACAGUUACUGAGCACUCUCCCGUUGCAUCCAUCCAAUUCUUCAUCAACCAGGACUCAGCUGAGAGCCCAAAAGAGGAGACCCCUCCGAGCCCAAUGUUUAUGCCUCUCUGCCAUCAGCUUUCUAUCACACGAAGCCAGACUGACUCCAACAUAAUUUACAGCAGUGACGAUUUCAAUGAGGCAUCUGGGUCAACCCAUUACAUAACUCCUGAUGGCAAAAUUAAUCUUUCUGUAGUGCUAAAGGUAAGCUGUCAUGCUGUCACCUUGCGAGACACCAGCUGUUCCCUUCGAGUGUGUGGGGUUGUGGUGAGCAUCGUAGAGCUACUCCUUAACCUGGGUGUGCUGCCCAAGAAAAUGGGCCGAUCUGAUGAAACAUCUGAUCCGUGGGGACUGGACGACUUCAAGCCAAUCAAAGCCGAAUCGGAGAAACGCACUGAUGAGCUCUCCACACAUAACCUGUUUGUGGACAGCAUCAUCAGAGUGAUCAAGCACCUCGGUUGUCCUCAUGGCUGUGGGGAAGGCCAUCGGUCAUCAACAGCAGAAACCAUACGCCGCCAGGCCCAUGCCUGCCUGCUUCGACUGCACCGUGCAGAUGAAGCCCAAUUUCGGAGGUUUCUUCGGGAACUUGUGCGAGAGCGCUCGUUGGCAGAAGUGGUGGACAUCUAUCACGCUUUCAUGGGCUUUUGUGCCGAGACCGGAUCGCUGCUAUCACCUAUAACUCAGAAGCGAACCAGUACCACGAGCAGCCAGGAUGGCAGUGUGCACAGUGGAUAUGCCAACAACUUUGGAGCAGGACCAGGUGGGAUCUCUGGUAAAGGCAUCGAGGGUGUGGUCGUGACCUGCACCUUCAAAGCACUGGUCACACGUCUGGCCAAGUGCAGUCGUGAGCUCAAGAACCAAGAAAACAUGUCGUUAUAUUGUGAUCUGCGUCAACUGAUGAGCUACAUUCAUGACAACCACGGAGGCAUAUUUAGAAGAGUGGCCUUGAGUGGGAUGCUUGACUCUGCAGACCGUCCAAACAAAAAGAAGAAUUACGUUCCGGGUACAAGAAUUGUCAGGCAUGCAAAGUCACUGGAACACGAAGAGUUGAAGGACCCACUCUUUUCAUCAAAUGUUUUUAUUAUUGAUGAGACGGCCGUUGAGAAGAGCAGUCGAAAGUCUUUCUUCAGGAAAAGAGGUGUGAGAAAGGUCCCCAGUGCUCAGAGCAUCAUGGAUGAGAAGGAGGAUGUCUCGGCAUGCCCAAGCCCAGCGCCAGGCCAGACGACACCCUCGUUUCCUCGUCAGCACAGGGCUCUGACUCCUAGGCUUAGCGUGUCGGAGGGAGACAAUAUCUCCCUCACUCCUAAGCACAGCAAGGGCUCUAGAUUUGCACUGGUGGGAUGGCUGAAAGGAGACCGAAAAGGCGACCAAGGUGAAGAAGAGUGUGGUAGCUCUCCCGGAGUCGGCCUGGACACAUCACCGAACACGACUGAACGCCUCAUUCGACGCUCGAGUGGCAUGAAUCGCACGCCCAAGAUGCCGCCCAAGUCUGCGAGCCACAUGAGCCUGACAUUGUUGCGCGCUCGUCGCCGCAUGGAAGACCAGCUGACCAAGCUAGGCUUCGGUCGCAGUAAAAGCAAGCAUGGCAGCUUCGAAGAGCCCCCAGAUCUCAGCAGACGAAACUCUUUUGACCUGGACCACAAUCAGCGGGAUGGCGAGAUGCUUAUCAUGAAGGAGAGCAAGCUGGUCAACACCAAGCUUGUCUAUGAUGGCAUGCUUCGAUUUGCCUUUCUGCAAGAGGUCUGCCAGCCUGGAACAGUUCCCGAUUCUCCUUUGCUGGCUGCAGCAUUAGACCUGAAAGCACCAGUCGUGUCCCGUGCGGCUCUAUUUUUGGAGUGUGCUCACUUUGUGCACCGAUGCAACAAGGGUCAGUGGCCCACCUGGAUGAAGCUAAACCUGCCCGUGUUUCGGCCUUCUGGUCCGUUAGCAAAUCGUGGCACACCCUCGGGCCUACAUCGCACGCACAUCCUGCAACGGGCCGCUGGAAAGCUCUUCUUUCAAUGGGCUGAGGCUAUUGGGGCCAGGCUUGAAGAGAUGCUUCAGGGCGAGACUCAUGACCCCCUGGAGAUCGCUGCCAUCACAGCCGAUGAGCAAAAGCGCCGGCAGUGCCGAAUGGAAGAUGAGGAAGAAGACUUUUUGGAUGAAGCGAGCAUCAACCCUUCGGGAAAUGUCUGCCCCUUUGCCCUAAAGAUGGCAGCUUGCCAGCUGCUUCUGGAGAUCACAGCUUUCCUGCGGGAGACUUACCAGCUGCUGCCGCAGAAGUCGGCCCGUACGUCGGCUCGCGACCGGCCCACGUUUGAGCCUCGUAGUGUCAAUGCUAACCGUCGCUGGAGCAUGGCCCUGAGCACACUGGGGGUCAGCCAAACUUCGGCCCACAGCCUGGUCUCGCUGGCCGAGCAAACCCACCCAGUUGUGGUAGGAGAAAGAAGAAUUAGUUUUGUGCUGCACGAGGCAGAUGCAGAAGGAGAGUCGGAGAACAGCAGCAACAACACGGUGAAUGUUCAGGAGGAGCUCGUUCUUCCGGAUGAGAAGAGAGGCCGCCGUAUUGCCCAAGGGAGGCCCCACCUGCUGCGCAGGACGGGAGGCUCCACGGCUGGCCACAACUCCAGCUUUAAGCGCUGCAGCCUCAAACUGAAAAAGCCUGGCGACCGCAAGUCCAGGGCACGGUCCUCCACGUUUGCUGAAGAUGAAGAGGAAGGAGGUCUACGCAGAACGGAGAGCAUAAAGUCCCGGCGCAAGGUGAGCGCGGUCUCGGACCGCAGUGACACGAGCGAGCGGGCAGACGUGAGUGGGGAGGAGUCGCCUGGCGUGCUCAGCGACGAGCCGGCACCAGAGAGCCCCGUGGACCUGCUGGAUGCAGACGACGCCACGGUCAUCGCCACCCGCAUGCCCUGGCUCAAGGUCAUCGUCCAACUCUGCGGCACCUUGCACUUUACCUGCACACACCAGCAGUUUUGCCACCAUACCUGCUACAGGAGGCAGAUGAGGGCCUGCAAUCGGCUCGCAAAGAGUGUCCGAAAGGUUUACGGAGAUGACUUUGGACUUAUCCAAGAUAUGGGCAAGCAACAGGAAGAUAAAGAAGGUGGCAAAAAGGACAAAAAGUUUAAAAAGAUUAUCACAGGGCCGAGCUCUCCGUUGAAACGCAAGGCGAGCCUGGCGCACAAUCUAGAGAAACUGGAGAAGGCACUGGAUGGGGCACGCUCGCUGCACAGCAGCGCCACCUGCCUGGUGCACGAUGUCGAAGGGGGCCUGCCGCCCGAGUCAAAGCCGUCUCUACCCCAAUCUAGCAAAGGCAAGGGCACCGCUUCGUCCAAGGAGGAGCAUCCCAUGCUCAAGUACCUCAAGACACAGGUGAUGAGCCUGUUUCACAGUCCUUUGUCAAUGCUUAUAAAGGGCACCGUUGUAGCGUCCGAAGAGACUUUCAUUGAAGCACUGCCCAUAGCUUGGGAGCUGCUGCUAGAGAAUGACCAGCAAAUGAGUGCUGUCGCAGCCGUUGUAUUUAUCCUUGCUGCUGUGAAGGCUCCUGAACAUGCAUCAGAGCUCCUAGGUCGAGAACUUAAAAGUGAGGACACGACCCAGAAGAUCAAUGCCCUUCUGAGGUUCCAGGCACUUUGGAAAUUUCGCUACCAGUGUUGGCUGAGGAUGGAAGAGGCUGCACAUUUAGUUUUCAAGGUGCCACCUCCGACCAUCGAGUUCACCCUUCCCAGCCCACGCAUUGCCCUUGACUGUGCCCCAGUGGCUGAUCCUCCGUGGAUGCCCCAAGUGAAGACAAAAGUGGAAGAAGUUACCAUCAAUCAGGACCAAUCCCGAUCAUUUGUAACAGCGACUCAGACCCGCCGUAAGCAACAGAUGGAGCUCAUCCACCGAGCUCUUCAGGCCGAAGAAGAGAAGAAAUGCAACGAAAGGGAAAAUUUUCACAUCACCUCCGUUGCCGUCAAUGUGCUUUCGGCCUAUGAACCAGCCCUGUUCCACGCCGUUGAAGAGCACGAAGAGGGAGACGAAGACCAAACAGCUGAACGAUUAUCUGCUCACCCUAUACAAGUGGCACAUGCCUUGUUCCCGUCAUGUCUCUGUUCAGCUGCAGUGUACAUUAUCAACCUGUUGAAUGAUGCUGAGGUCAGCUCCGAUGGAGUUGCAGUGUAUGAAGUGGCCUACAAGGUGAUUUGGAACUGCUUGGUUGAAGAUACAGCACUGUUCCUGCGCCACUUCUUGGAGAGACUAACCCGUGAAAAACCCGACUCCGUGAUCCAAAUUCUGAGACGCCUGCUGCGCUUCGUGCCUCGGCUACCAACGCAAGCAGCACACACACUCUAUAACUACUUGGUUGGCUACAUUAUGUUUUACAUAAGAGCUCCUGUAGAAGGGGGAACGGAGCUGAUUGCCAACGCUAUUUCAAUACUUUGGCUGGUUGUUCCCAGUGUUCAUGGACUCUACUUGAAAGACCUCAAGCAAGUGCUGAGAAAAGAGCAGUGUGAUGCUACCUUAUUGAUCACUGCAAAUGUGCCAAGUGCCAAGAAGAUCAUUGUGCACGGACCGGACGCAGGUGGCAUUCCGUCACAAUUUCCAAUCAUGAAGGAUACCCAGUUUCUUCACAUUCUUCAAGACAGUCUUGAUUUUUUCGGCAUUGAAGAGAACCAGCAUAAUUGCUACUUCCUUCUUGACACAAAGACAAAUCAGAUGCACAAUCCAAGUGCAUUUGUUCGCGACUUUUACUUCUUCAAGAGGUCCCAGUAUCCUCAGUUAACGUUAGCAAAAAUGGACCCUGAUGAAGCCUUCGAAGCAGGGCAGCAACAGGCAUUCUAUCUGCAUUUCAUCGAAGUUGGAAAGGUCUUGAUGAGUCUGGCCAUUCUACGAACCAGCCAUCAGCUCGCUCCCAGAGUUCUCUUUCUGCAUGAUGAGCUGACCAAGCUACCAUCGUUUCCCCGCAAAGCUCUCGAGGCUGACUUCGAACUUUACACCGGCAAAUUUGGAAAAGAACUUCUUGGGAUGGACACACUGCAUAAAAUGGUGUGGGUGAAACUGAUGGCCCGAAUGUUUGAAGCCAUGGCUGGUUUCUUUGCCCAUUCAUCGGACAUCCAUUUGUUUCUGAACGUUGUGAAUGGAGCUCUCGUUCUACACCCUGAAGAUGCCACUAUUCUUCGUCUCUGCAUGGCCACUUACAUCAAUGCUGCGCAUCAGUUCAGGAACAUCUUUGCCUCUAAUGGGUACCUCCUGAUCAUGCCAACAAUCCUGCAAAUCUAUUCAAACCACCAAACAAACGGCUUACUCUGUAGAACUGUUGAGUUUAUCUGCAAACAGUUUUACAUCAUGCACAGAAAACCAUUUAUACUUCAGAUGUUUGGGAGUGUGGCUCCCCUCCUUGACCUUGAUGUCAAUAGCAACUACGGAGAUGCGAACAAGAUGCAGCCCAAGGCCUUUUUCCAGCUGCUGCAGUCUCUUGCACAAUACAUUGUUGACCCACUAGACAUUCUGGAACUUGUAGAUGCUGAGAAGCCACUGAGGGCACUUGACUUCUGCUACCAGAUGGACCCUGACACCUUGACCAUACUGGAUGCCAUCUCGCUUAGCGUCACAGUUGUGUCAUAUGCUUCCGACUCACACAGGGGCCACCAGAUGCUGACCAUCUUGGAGGCCGUGCUGCCUUUCUACCUGCAGCACCUGCAGUCCUUGACGACCAAAAAAGAAACUCCAGGGGGGCCACGAGCUGAGCUGCAGAUGAUCCACAAUGUUUCUGUUUGCAUGAAGACCCUUAUCAGCAAUUGUGAGGCUCUGACCAGAAAUUACACCGGACCUCAAAAAGCGAUCGACCUGAGGGGUUCUAGCAUCAAGAAUGCCUCACGAGGUGCUUGUUCGCCUCCUUUCGAAGUUGAGGAAGACCUGCCGUCAAGGUUUGUGAAUGAGACGCUGUACGGGUCGAGGAAGCCAGCUGGAAUUCACUAUGAACGGGACGAUGAGGACAGUGAUCUUCUGCGACUUGAGUUCCGACAACCACGGGACACGCUGCUAUCAGUGGUGGCAGAGUUUCUCACUAAGUGCUCAGCCCGCCUGGCUGAUCUGAGCAAAAAAAUCCCCGACUUGCCCAGCAAGGCUACCGAGCUCCUGGAUGUCAAGUGCCACUUGCGUCUGGCGGAGGUGGCUCACAGUCUUCUCAAGAUGGCUCCAUAUGACCCCCAGACCAUGGCUUGCCGAGGCCUGCGGCGCUACCUCAACGAGGUGCUGCCGCAGUCGGAGUGGGCACAAGAGGCUAUGAGGCCUGCCCUUAUCAUGGUCAUUCGACGCCUUGACAAGACCUUUACCAAGAUUGCUAAAAGCCUGCCAUACGGGCGAAGGCUUGUUGACUGGGAUGCAGCGCGAAAUCUGUUAAAAGGUGUCUACAUGACACUCUACAAGCAUCCAUACAUUGCUCACCUGCCUCAUCUAAAGUCACUGGUUGCCAUUUGCCAGAGCAUCAUUGUGGGUGAUCAGAACGCAUCUUUGGUAGCCGAGAGCAGUGGCAACGUUUCAGUGUCGGCGGCAGCUUUGGCUCAGUCUCCACCACCAGGAUUCUGCUCUGUGGCUGUGCGACUUGUGACUAUGCAAAUGGUCGCACUUGGGGACUCGCUCUCAUUGGAGAGCAUUUGUGGAGGCUCAUCUGUUCUCUCAAGCACUGACAAGACCGAAAUUUUUCUUAUGAAUUUUAUUCUUCCCCUUUGCAUCAGAGUGAGCAGUGGAGUAGAAGAUGUGCCCAAGAUGCGUCAGAUGGACAUCUCCUUUGGUUUGACUGUGGUGUUGAAUGCCUUGUCUCCUGCUGGAGCCCACAAGCACCAUCCGUCCAGUGCUGUGGGAAAGCCACCAUCAGAGGCCCAACAGAACACUGCUUCGACGCGCGAGAAGUCGUCCAGUGUCGUCAGAAGCUCGCUGUACCAGAUUGGAUUCCUUGGGCUGAAAAUUCUGAUCGUGUGUUACGAGAGACAGCUUGUAGGCGACUGGCACCGAAUAGCACGAUGUAUUCGUGAACUUGGAAACAGGUUACAAGGUGGACUCGCUCUUUGGAGCUUUCUAGACUUUGUGGUUACUCACCGAACACCUCUUUAUGUGCUGCUGUUUCCACUGAUUAAAUACAAGAUAUUGCAGACCAUUUGCGACAAUGAGCAGGAAUACUACUACCAGCAGCUAAUCAGGGAUAAGAUCAAAGGAAUAAACCUGCCUACUCCUAAGAGCUUUGGCUGUAUGUUUGUGGACCUUGUGAAUGAACUGAAGACGCUGAAGGAAGACCUCGUUGCCUGGAAACUUGGAGGAGAACUGGAGCGUGGAAAGCCAUCUGCGGAAGGCCAUGGUGGCGAGAUGUCCCAGUCAGUCAGCUUCACACAGUGCCAUGGUGCAGGUGGUGGCCACCGGCCCAGCUUCACUGAACUUACACCUGACCAUCAGAGCAUCACUCGACUUGGCAGACCACCGGGCAUGGGCUCAGUUGAAUCAGCAGAAGGUGCAGCUGGGGCGGUGCCAGCAGGAGGCCCAGCUCCAAGACCUCUGCCUAUCAUGCGCUCCGAGUCGCAGAGAGAACCUCACCGGGAGAGCCAGCAGCAGCGCGACUCACACCGGGGUCUUAGCAUACGACUUCAAUCACGCGAAGGUAGCAGCCGAAGGGUAAUGCAACGCUUCCUCAGGAGGACCAGCUACCCUGAGGAGGAAGGACCUACCCAAGUAUAUCGACCAAUGGAAGCCCUGGACAUGGAGCAUUCUGCCGCAUCUGAGCCUCGCUUGUUCAGAAAAUCCACGCUUCUCAUCAAAAAGAAAGGCAGCAAGAAGAGCACUGGCAGCAGCAGCCUAACAUCUGUAGGGGUUGCCGAGAGUGGUGCAGCCACCGAUGAGGAAACUCUACAGGACAGUAUGCCAGAGGGGGUCGACUCCACUGGGGAGGGCCCGCCAACCCCAACUACCUCUAGACCGCAGUCCCCUGAGAGCGGGGAGCCGCAGCGGCCAAGGCACCGGCUUCAACGCCAGAAGGCUCAGAGCCGUAAGACAUUCAGGUUUGGCAAGUCGCGACGGGGAGCUGGCUGGGCUGCGGCCGAGGUAGGAAUUGCCACUGGGGACGAAGCGCCGCCCCCGACACUGGCCGAGGAAGAGCCCGAAGGUCGGCCUCGGCCUACUCGGGCAUCCUCCAUUCACGGAUUGCCCGCCAGUGCAGUGGGUGCUCUGGCAUCCUUGACCGGUGAACAUAAAGCAGAGGAUCGGCCAGAAAUUCUGUACACCAGGGGUCUCAAGCUCGCUUCAAACAUGGAGCUGCAAGUGUUACGAGUGUUGACUGGGUAAGACAUGUCAGUAUGCAUGUGCAGCCAAAAUACUGUCUUGACAACAGUGGCACUAGUGGCAAUGGCCUCUGAUGUGUUUUAUGUGAGCAGACAGAUGGCGUAUAGCCAGCCAUUGCAUCAAAAGUUUUGCGCACUUUGGUUGAACAUGCCUUCAAAAUGCUAGUGUGUCUCCUGGUAAGCCUCUGUCAUGCUAAGGCUGUUGUUUGAUGUGUACAACUAUCCAAUGACUGCACUGUGGUGUGAUUGAGGGACAGGCCACGGAAAUGUGUUAGCCUUGCAUCACUUUAGAAGUGGCACACACUUGUCCCCACGAGAUGCGAGUUUUGAGGUCUUCGCCCUAAUUAAAGUAUCUAAUGAAAAAUAUAAUCUUUGCGCAGAUAGCACGGCUAACACUAAGCAACUACUAGAGUGAAAAGAUGCCAAACAUCUAAUUUUUCAUGACAACUCUUUCUCUGUCCACCACCUAUAAUAGCCAAGUGUUCACACAUGCUGUCCUUUUUAUUGCACUUCUACUAGAAAGUAAGUAUGAUGGACAUUUUGUGAAGCUGGCAUGAAGUGCUUGCAAUGUCCUACUUGAGGCUUUUUUUAGGGCUUGUAUUAUCACUUAUUGUUAUGAUAGUGCACCAAAUUAAGAGUAAACAAAGUGGUCUUCUGUGCCAGUUUAAGCUCUCUGGGGUGUAUGAAAAAAUAAUAUAUUGGCUGAAUGCUGUGAGAGUAUAUAUUUAUUUCUUGCUCCUGAUGCCCAUCUUAUGUUUAACUUUGCAAGUUUCUACUCUAAUUUGCAAGCUGAGGAAAUUGAGCAAUAUGUACACUUCAAUGUGCUAAAUAAUUACCUGUAUGCGACUCAUACCACACAGCUGCGAAAGAUGCAGCAGUUGUUUCUUGACAGUCAAAGAUUUCUAUCUAAAUGAGUUUUGCCUGGUUAAUAGAGACAAAUUGGUCUUUGCUGACAUAUGAGACUCAUCAAGUUGUAAGGCUUGGUGGGGUCUUUUUUAAUGCAUUUGUUGUGGCAGAAAACAAAAUAAACAAACAAAAAGAAAGGAAGAAGGCCAUAUCACAUAGCUAAAGGUUCCACAACAUGCAUUUGACAAGUUUUGAAAUGCAAGUGCUUAUUUGGAUGUUUAAAUUUGACCAUUAAACUAAAAGAUACAUGGUACAUAACUAGUGUAACAUCUCGAUCUGCACCUAUUUUACUUUGAAUGGUAAUAUUCAUAGGAAAAACAGAAAAAAUUUUGUGACAUAAGUUUUCUGCAGUGUUCUCAUGCAAGACAUAGCUUAUGAAUUUCUGGUGACCAAUGUUCUUAACAUAGUUUAAGUAGCACAGCGGGACUGAUGGUAGGAUGAGCUCAGUCAAGUCUUGAGAGUUUGAAUAAUAUAGGAGCACCUGUUUUCUUUUGCACUCAUGUAAUUGUACAGUAAUGCCAACCUUACGCAUAAAACUGCACGUGAGAACUUGCAGUGCCACAAGGAUUUGCUGUGGCACAUAGCAUCUGGGAGUCCACACGUUGAGGACAUGAGGCAACUAACUGUGGCAAUGAGGAUGUCCCAUGCAAACUUCAUCAAACAGAAAAGGAAGGUCAGCUUUUGUAUACAAGUACAACUAUAAGAAUUUGGGAAGUAUGAUGCACUGGUUAAACACGCUUGAACCGCACAUGCUGGCACGAGUAUAGUAUUGUUGGGUUGUGCUACUGAUACACAGUGGAUUCAAUGAUGAAGUUUAUCUAGUGAGAAGACAGCCCUGAAAACUUUGCGAAUGCUCCAACAUGUUUUUCUUGUCCACUGGACAGUAUCCAGAAUAUUUACAGCCACUGGGUGAACAGUCAAACCGGCGCUGUACGCUAUAGCUCUUGGCAAACUAGCUCAUUUCACAGGUACUUUUGUAAUCAUAGCAAUAUAGUACUAUUAUAUAUUUAGUUGGCAGAUUCAUCCAAUAAGUGGUGUCAGGUGACUAUCAUGCCAAACUCCUUUCUUACCACAUGAAUGCAUCUUUCAGAUCCUGUCAGGGGUCACUUCACAAUGUGACGGUUUUAGCUAGUUUGUGUUCCACACUCAAUACUACUAAGUGCUAAAGCUUUUAUACGAGAGAUGACAAUGUUCAUGUUUGUUGCAGUCUCUUGACAAAAGGAUUUUUGCACUUAGCUUAUGUUAGGGACACUACUUAAGAAAGUCUAGUGCCAUGCCAAACCAAAGAGACAUUCCCAUCCAUAAUAUUUAAACAAAAAUGUAGCUGGGCCUAACUGAGCUGGACCCUAAUGCAUCAAUUUUUGUGUAGUUAUGCUGAGGAGUUCAUAAGUACAACGCAUUGACCAUCAGUGUAAGACGUUUUAUGAUGCAAGCAUAUUCUAAAUCAAAGUGUGGUCUUAAUCAUUUUCCUGUGCCUGCCUGCAUUAGUUCCAUUUUUUUUUCUUCUUAAAUUGCCAAGGUGUUUAUGAGGGCAAUCAUAUCUCAAUCUGGCGCAUUUACCUAUUCCAUAAGAAUAUUUCCACAGAGUGACAGUGCAUUAUUUUUCUCGAUUCUGUGAGGAACGGUUUUUGCUGCAGUUGCGUCAGCUUCAGCAAAAAUAACAGCAAAUGGAAGUGGUGAAUGAGAUGCUUUGUCAUUGUUGGCUGAAUGCCUGGUUGGCACCCCUGCACUUGGUAAUCAUGUGCUAAGAAAUAUUCAAGAGGGUUAGGUGUUAACCACAAGCAAGUAUGUUUAUAUAUUUUUCUGGGUGUUCUUUAAAUAUUGUAAGUGCUUGAACAGUCCCCCAUGUCAGGCCACAUCAAAAAUAUUGUUUGUAUAUUGGAAGUGUACUGCUGUCUGGGGAGUGUUUCUUAUACCAAUAAAAUUGUGCGAAAGUGCCUAGUCCUAGCAGAAAUUCAUGCAAAUAAAAUGUUAUGAGGCAAUGGUAUGAGUAUAUGAGGUAAGGGCCUCGUAAUAGAGUUUUUCUUUUUUUGCUUCUAAGUGAUACUUGUAAUCUCUACAUCCUGUCAUUCCCAACCCACCGUGUUAGCCCGGUGGCUAAAGUUCUGAUGAACUGCCGAGCUUGAACUCAUGGGUUUGAUUGCUGCCCUGGCGGCAGCGUUUCGACGAGGUCAGAAUACAGUAACAUUACGCACUUACAUCUAGGUGCACAUUGACAAACCAGAGGCAGGCAAAGUUGAACAGGUGGCUACCCCUACGGAAUGCCUCGUAAUCAAAUUUUUGGGGUGGUAUCUAAAAUGCAAACAUUUAACCUUAAAAAAAAAUCUACUUUUCUUGUCUUUCCUUGCAUUUGAGCCGAAAGCUCUCAAGAUGUUUUGUUCACAAGCUCCUCUUACGUACUUUCUCUUGCUGUGUAAAAAAAAAGCAGAAGUUGCUUACAUAUUCAAGUUUUGAAUAGUUGAGCAAAGAGGAUGCCGACAAAAGAGUAACAAAGAGGACUGAAGCACUUGUACUGUCCUUUUCAUGUCUCCAAUUGUCUGCAAGUAAUUUUUAACCAUAAAGCUUCUUUUAUGCAAGUUGCAUUUCUGGUGGCUGCCUUGCAUCUCAUCAUUAGAACUGCUUAAGUCUCUAUUGUGACUAAACAUUUUUUUGUGAUUCUUCUAGUUUUAAAGUAGCCCCUGGACUUGAUUUAUUUUACAACUUCUAACGCAUAAGCAAAAUUUAUGCACGCUAUUAGCAUUGUAGUACUUCCCUGGUUAGUUGCACACGACGCAGUUAUUGUUACAGGGGAUAACCUUGAUGAAUCUUGCCAAGAAAGAGUCGCACAAGAAGGGGUUGUUCAUCUUCAGUGCCAAAACUGCACUCUUUAGGUGUUGAGCAUGUUUCACUUGUUUAAUGUUAACAUUGCCCCUGUUCAGGUGGCGAUGGUUACAUUUAUGUAUCAAGAAGUUUUUCUGGCUUCACAGCUGUCGCAGCAGGUUGCCAUUAUAGCUACUUUUGUAGUUGCAAGGCCAGGUUUUCAUUCUUAGGGAUUGUACAACUCAUUGUGAAGCCUUUAUCCGAUUUACUUGCGGCAACAGACUUAGGAAAGUCUGGUGCCGGGCCUCUUGGUACGUAGCUUGCAAAAUCGACAAACCCAACCUUCAAAGAUGCGUGCAAAAGAAGAGAAGUUCAGAUGAUCACACAACUCUGCUUUCAAAGAUACGUACACAAGAAGUUUUGGUGAACACUACAUGCUGGGUGUGUGUGGUCGUCUAAACUUCUAUUCUUGUGCACGUGUCUUUGAAGGCUGGGUUCGUCAAUUUUCUAGUGAACUUAGUUGCUUCUUAAAUGUGGGUUAAAGGGACACUAAAGGCAACUAUUAAGUCGACGUUGAUUGUUGAAAUAGCGGUCCAGAAACCUCGUAGUGUUACAUCGGGUUAUCACACUUCAAAUUACUCACCUCAAGAAGCGGACCCACCAGACCGAUUCACGUCACUGUUGCCGUGCACAAUGUUGCUCAGCCUUACUGCGCUAGCAGCAGCAGACUGAAAGCAGCGGGUGCCAUAGCAGCAACAACAGCCAUUGAUUAAUUUCCCUGCCAUUAGCUUCGAGAUCGCAGACCUGUUUUUUGUUUCAAAUGCGCUCCUCUAGAUGGCACCACUUGUCCCGUGUAAUCAUGCGAAAAUUGAAUUUUUGAACCACUCGCGCCAUUCCCCAUAUAACGUCCGGCGGUUAUUUUUUCCAAUGACUCAAACAGAAAUGAACAAGAAGCGCAUUUUAUUGCGUCUCUUGAUGUACGGAAGGCCCUUUAUUUAGUGCAGUUAGAUAGAUUACUAGUGAUUAAUUGUAGGCGGUUCGUCUGAUGUCAUCGUGAUCAUUUUGAAAAUGUCCUACUGUGGCGCUUGUGUUCUUGUGCAUUUACCUUAAUUUCUCAAUAAGUACUGCACUGUUGUUGAUAAUAUUGUCGUUUUAGAUACUGUCAUGCAUUGAGGUUUCACUCCGACGUAACUUGUUAUUUGACUUUAGUAGUCCCUUUAAGAGGCAACAUAAACUAAAAUGCACUACAUGCCAUUUCACUUGAGAACUUUAACAUCGUGUUUGACUAGAGACGCAAUGUUUCUGUAGCUUGGCAACUUAAUAAUUUCUGAUGUUGAGCAUGUACUUCUGUUACUGACUUGCAAUAGGUACCAUCUUAAGCGCUACUUGUGUAAAGCGGGGCUUUUGUUGGCAGUUAAAAUGGUUUGUGAUAAGGUUGUCACAAAUAUGAGAAGCAGUGAAAGACGUGUUGUUAGCGAGCUGCAAUUAUGUUUGCUCGUCAGAUCGAGAAUGAUCACAUCUGUGAUGCACACUGUUUUUACUUUGGAGUGCUAGCAUUACUGACCAGCCUUUAUUCAGGUAAUCCGUUGAUCUUUCCAAGACUUUAAGUGGCUGGAUGCUAGUUAUUUUCUCAAAGUAUGCUUUACAGGGUUAAUAAUAAAGUCUCAUUCUUUGUGAUAUUUUACCAAGCAAGCAGGCUGGUCAAACUUUGAUUUCUGUGUUUCAGUUAGAUCGCUGAACCGGGUGGUGUUAGAUGAAUGCAUUCGCUUCAUAAAUACAUGUGCUUCUACUGUCAUCACCUGCUUUGCAGUUUUAUGUUUGCACUGCAGAUGCUUUAUUUUAUCAACAGGACACUCUCUACAAGCUGUGCACAAUUUUUCAUUCAGCAUGUACCAAAGCACAUGAUCAGGUUUUAUUUUGUUGGUGAUAAGUUGGCAGACAUUUUCCUGAAAGGGUUAUACCACAUUUCAUCCACUUCAAGCACUUGUGCCUCAUGUUUCGUGCCAACAAAAAAAUUAUUGCAAUAUAUUCUGUCCAGGCAGCACUUGGGGAAGGCUACACAUGUCCACACUAGAGUUACAUCGAAUUCACAAUAAAUGUGCAUUCUCUUCAUAUGGUGUACUGAAAAACCACUUAGGCGAGUAGCCAUAGACUGAAAGGAUUUUUUUUUCUUUGUAUCUGCCUGACUAAGAUUCGUUUGCUUUUAAAAUACUUUUUGAGCCAAAGCAUCCAUAGCUACUCAGGCUCUGGAAAAGGCAGUUAAUCCAGACUUGAGAUUGGGUGAAAUAAUUUGACACUGAUAUCAAGCUUCAUUGGUUCCUAAUGAACAUAUUCUGAACUUGUUCUAUCUAGGCCAUUUAAGGGAAUUGUGCCGGUUUUGUAUUAUAGCUAUUUUGUUAAUUUCUGUCAGCGCAACUAAUAGAAGUGUAGUCAGUAGUGAGCAGCAUAAAAAGAAGCAGUAAUACUUUCGAACAUGGAACUCGCAUAUAUUGGACGCCGUUUUAAUUUAUAAGAGGACUGUGCACACAGCAUUUAAACUACAGGAGGGGAACAUACAGUCGCAUUUGUGCGAUGUGUCGGGCAUGUGUAUAUAAGUGCUCCCAGAAAUUGUUGCCCCGGGAGGAGUUGCAACAUGUUUUGGUUGUUGCUGUGUACGUAUGACGUUUCUGACAUUGAAUUGUUGCCCCGGGAGGAGUUGCAACAUGUUUUGGUUGUUGCUGUGUACGAAUGCCGUUUCCGACAUUGAAAACAAGUCUUUUAACCACGAUGUCUGUUGCAGCUGCCAAAAUCCUUUUCUGAAGUGCAAGCAGUUUAGUUGUGGAAAAGAGCUGGUGUGGAGUUGCUGUCGCUGUGUGAAAAAUUGAUGAUUUUUGUAUGAAGAAAGCUUCACAGUCAUGGCAUUGCAACCUGCCUGACUGAGGUGCCAAUACGUAUGGUAUGAGGGAGCUCUUGUUGUUGUUACUUGUCAGUCAUAUUUAUCUGUAACGUGUCAAUGUUGUGUGCCUACGCAGUGUCUUCCUUGUAUCGUGAUAGAGAAACAAAAAAGCAGCUUAGCACUAGGCAAGAUAAGAGUUGUAGUGUUAUGCCUAGGCUUUCUAGUUGUAGUUGCAAUCAGUACCUGUUCAUUGUUGCUGCUGUGCCAAUGGUGUUCUAGUGGAACUAGGACUUGUUAAUCAAUGUGCAAAAACCCGGUAGCAUGUUGCUUGGCUGCUGCUAGCUAGUUCAGACUGCAUGUUUUACAUUUGUAGGCCAGUUGGCGAAAUGUUUGCCUGGAGCUGCUCGUUGGGAAGUUUGCACUUGGCUUACGAAGUGACAAGCUUGGCAUAUUGGUGCCAGUUCUUCCAAGCAGGCACCAUGCCACAGCUUCUGCCUCGAGAAUGUAUUGUCACAUGCCAAUGUUAGUCUUAAACUGUCCAUUCUUUAUGCAGGAGCCAAUUUUACAAGCAUGCCAUAAUGUAACAUAGUAUAUUUAAGUUUAUCAAUGUUGUGUAAUAUAAGCUAGUCAUGUGUUUUCUAGGCAUUUGUUUUUCUAUUGCAGUUGGUCUUAUGCCUUGUAUCUUGUAUGAGCAUUCCUAUUUUGAAUGCUUUUGUACAAUAAAGCUUCUGCAAGAGAA